AACUACACAUAUUUACAUUCAGAUUCUGAUCCGCUCAAGCAUGUGCCAGUAACUUUGCCCUCGACAAGGAAGAAAAACAAAUGAUUUCCGUGAGCUAAGCUAGAUCAUCGAACAAUCUGAGAGAUAAGGUUGCCAUUUUGGGCACCUUGGUAUUCUGCUGUGAAUCCAGUACUUUGUAAAUCAAUACAGUAUACUAUAUCUCGAUGAAUGAGGGUAAAUACCACCAUUGAACACGAUUGGAUAUGCAAACCGGUGAUGUUCUGGGUUAGGCCAGCACCAUGGAGACACUCGGUAGCAAGAGAGAGAUGGCACUUCCAUCCCGAAGCUCUUCCCAGGCAAUAGGAGCUCCGACCGUGAGCUCUUCCCAGGCAAAAGGAGCUCCGACCGUGAGCUCUUCCCAGGCAAUAGGAGCUCCGACCGUGAGCUCUUCCCAGGCAAUAGGAGCUCCGACCGUGAGCUCUUCCCAGGCAAUAGGAGCUCCGACCGUGAGCUCUUCCCAGGCAAUAGGAGCUCCGCCCCUGAGGAAUUUCACCAUUCCCAGGAGGAAGAGGGGAGAUGGAAAAGCUCUUUUGGAUGUCUGCCUCAAAGAGAGCAGGGACUAUAGUCUGAUACAGACAACUCUGAAUGAGUCCCGAUUGGACAUGGGCAAGGAGAUAUCCUUCAGCUGGCAGUGGGAUGAUGUCACGCUAAUACACAACGAGGAGCUACUGCGAGAGUUCUUUGAAAAAAGAUCUGAAAUGCGUUUAAAGGAUAGACACGUCAGAGAAAUGGAGGAGAGGUUCUGUUUUUUAGUCACCUCUGACCAAAAAGCUAAGCAAAUGUAUCAACAUGGACUGAAGGUUGAGAACACAGAUCAACACUCUCUGGGAAACCCGUCAUAUGGAGUCUAUUUGCACAGGCACGCUGAUGUGGCCCUGAAAAAUAUCAGCGGCAACACCCCUGCUGGAAAAAUCCUCAUCAUUUUCAAGGUUCUCUUUGGCAAGGUGAAAAAAGUACCUCCAUGUUAUGGAAGGAACAGCACACAUGAUCCAACGGUGAAUUACGAUUGUCACGUGUCCAAAGACCCCGCUGUCCCGAGGGACAGCUUGUCUCAGCAAGUUUUGAGCUCGUCAGUGUUCCUGUUUGACUAUAACGAAAACCAGGAGCUAAAACAGAGACCAAGGCAAUGUUUGCCAUAUGCUAUGGUUUCAUUGGUUCCUUCUGUAAAUUCUUCUCCGACUAGCACUCUAGUUCCAUCUGUAAAACUGGGGCCAAAAACAAAGGAUUCAGCGGCAUGUUUGGAGACCUGCACCGUGGCUCAAAGAGUGGGUAGAGGUCAGAAUGCGACCGUGACAUUCAAACAUUUUGGGACAACUGAAAGUCCAUUGCCUGGAUACAGAUGUCAGGGAUUUGGAACAAACCCCCCAUUCCAAAGAGGUGAUCAACAGAACUUCCAAAACAUUACAUCAAUUGCAAACCAAUUGUAUCACAACGGAAGUGACCAACCCCCACCGCCUCCACUACACAUUAGUCCCUGCGACCAGCCCCCACCACCUCCACCGCCCUUGAGUCCCUGCGACCAGCCCCCACCACCCUUUAGUCCCUGCGACCAGUCCCCAGCGCCCAUUAGUCCCUGCGACCAACCUCCAACACCUUUUAGUUCCUGUGUCCAGCCCCCAUCACCCUUUAGUUCCUGUGUCCAGCCCCCAUCACCCUUUAGUUCCUGUGUCCAGCCACCAUCACCCUUUAGUUCCUGUGUCCAGCCACCAUCACCCUUUAGUUCCUGUGUCCAGCCCCCAUCACCCUUUAGUUCCUGUGUCCAGCCCCCAUCACCCUUUAGUUCCUGUGUCCAGCCCCCAUCACCCUUUAGUUCCUGUGUCCAGCCACCAUCACCUUUUAGUUCCUGUGUCCAGCCCCCAUCACUCUUUAGUUCCUGUGCCCAACUUCUACCACCUUUUAGUUCCUGUGUCCAACUCACACCGUCUCCAUCACCCUUUAGUCCCUGCGACCAGCCCCCACCACCCUUUAGUUCCUGGGCUCCUCCUUUACCACCACCAUUCACUGGUUCAAUUACCUUCUUGGAAGACAAUGGACUGGUUACUGAUCCUAUACAUUUACAGAUCCCAAGCCAUGCUGGAACAGCUCAAUUUGACCAUAAUAAACCCCACUUAGGUAACCAAGUUCAGUCUUGUCAACCAGUUUCAAACACCCUGUCCAAGAACCAGGACAACUUAUGGCGACAGUCUACAUCUGCAACAGGUGCAUUGGAAUCAAUCUCGACUAUAGUUUAUUCUUCACGUGUGAUUAAGGAUCCCAGAUUGUCGGCACGAGAAACUAACAACAUGCAGAGAUCGAUUUCAAUGGAGUCAGAGAGUGGUCAACAAACAAGUACUUCUGUCUGCAUAUUGACCGUAAAGCGAGAGCAUAAGAAUCUCCAAAAUGUACCAAAACAGGAGAAAAAUCUCAGGGAAACUGGAAAAAAUAAUGAUCCAAAACCAGGCCAGCCUGAUACACCAAUAGGUUGUUCUACUGCUACUACUGCUAAUAUUUCAGCUCCAUCCUCUGUGAUACCUACAACUGAGAAUCAGCCAUCGUCUAGAAUGCUUAAAAUGAAGUUCCAGAAGUAUUCUCCAUAUUUUCAUCUGACCAAAGAGGAGAGGAAGGCAAAAAUUGGUUCUCUACAACAUCUGUCAUUUGAUGAGAAAAAUACAUUAUUAGAGAGAACCAAUUUUUAUGCAACCUAUUUUCAGAAGUCCAGGUGUCUACUCAAUCAAAAUGACAAGGUCACCACAGUCGACCCUGGGCGGCUAUGUAAACCAGGAAGUAUAAAAAGAUGCUUGUCCAGCACAGACUCAGUGGAGAUGUGCAACAGUCCUCAAAAGACUCAUGAGGACAGUGGCGCAUACUUGCAGCAGCAGGUGAGACAACAUAAUCUGCCCCAGUACACCACAAAUGGUGAUCAGAGUUCAAAACCUAUCCCAGAAAUUUCAGCCCAUAAUCCAUCAAUUGUCUGUGGGGCUGUGGAGGAAAUUGUGGCCCUCCAAUUUGAGAGGAACACAGGCAAUAUGGAACCAGAAGACAUUAACCUUUGCAGCCCAGAAUCCACUACUACAUGUCUCACAGAAACGGAAGAGGAUGUGCACAAGGUUACUGUGGAACCACAAGAUGAAAUGGCAAUGAAAAAUGACUCACCGAUUCCAUUCCUUCCCCAGACUGUCAACCAAACUGCAACCUCUGAAAGCCGACAGGAAACAGAGGUGAGGUCCAAUCUUAACUCAGCAACAGAGGAAAAACCUCAGGAGGCUCUAAAUGAAAACUCUAAUGCAAGCAAGCAGAACACAGAGGCAAGCUCCAAACCAAAUUCCAUAAGAGAUGAAGAAAAUCUAAACAUUGUACCUGAAAUCGCUGAGGGAAACAGACAGAGCAGAGAAGUGAAGUGUGAACCAAUCUUAGCAGAGAAAAACAAAACAAAUGCUGUAAGUUCAGUGGAUGACACAAUGGCGAACGAAAAUCCCUCAGAAACAAGGUGUCCAGUCAUUUAUGAGAGCCAUACUGAUAUCAUGGAUGCUUGUGAAGAGGUUUGUGGUACGGAAACAUCAGAGGAAGUUAUGAGUGUCAAGGUCUUCUGUCCUGGAGUCAUGUCAAGGCAAAAUCAUGAAAGGCUUUUGCAGAAAGACAGAGAAUGUAAUGGAAUUGGCCAACAUCAACAAAAUGAAUCCAAUACAUUUUCUACCUGUGGUGACAUAGCUGAUAAUACUGAAGAAUGUCAGGCUGAUGAUUCAAAAGCCAAAGAUACAGUCUACAGUUUCCUGUAUAACAGGCUGCAACUCAGUGAGCUCUUUCUUUCACCUAAUCAGCAUGGAUCAUGCUCAAUUUCUGGUAAACAUUACCUUAAACCAAAAUGCAAAGACAGUCCUAUGGACACCAAUAAAUCACUCCUUCCGUCCUGCAACCCAAACCAAAUAGACAUCGGAGAGGGAUGUAACCUUCGCAUCACAAUAAAUGCUGAUAGAGAAUUGUCCGCUGUCACGGAAUCACCCUCUCUGUCCAAGAGAUUUUCAGUGUCAGAAUGUCCUCAAGGAACUCAAGCCUCACCAACUGUACAGGAAAAUGAAAAGUUUAGCAACAACAGCGUUAUCAGUGAAAACACACCCAUUGACGGUGUUCUGAAAACAUCCACCUACUACACCACCUUCAACAGAGCACAUGCCCGCAAUGCCAAAUUAAUCAAAAUGAUGGCAGAUAAAUACAAAGGGAAGGAAAAUGCUGCAGUGAGGAUAAUGAGAAAUCAUCAACAUUCAAGAGUGAAGAAGAAAUUGAUCGUUGGAAAAUCCACCACUGACAUUCCAUACUCAGAAAUAUCAAGAUCAUCCCAUAAAGCCAUUACAGGCCAUAUGCAGAUACCAUUUAUGCAGAGGAAAAAAGACUGUUUGAAUGUUUCCCACAAAAACUUGAAACGCAAAACCUUUUUCCCCAAUAAGGUCACAAAAAUUGCCAGAGAGAACAAACACAGAUCAUGUUUUACAUUUAAAUCAAAGGUUGCAGCUCACAAAAUGUCUGUGUCAGAUGACUUAAAGACCUCAACGCGAGUUCCCAUAACAUCAAAAAAAAGCACUAUCCUGAAGAUGAUAAUAGAUUUUAGGAGAAAAAAACGUUGGGGGACAUUCAAUCACAACAGAAUGUACAGUCAAAGGAAUGUGUGCAAUGCUCCUGCAAAGUAUAUUACUUUCAGCCCAACGUCAGAUCAUAAUAAACAUCUGAGAGGUAAUCGUUUCGAGAAGAAACAUCUGAAGACACCAAUGAGAGAGUUAGAAACAAAUAUGUCUAUGAGAGAUGGAAAUGAAAAGAUCAACGAGGAAAAGCAGAUAGCUGAUGCUGUUGACACAACCUUAACUUCGUCGACCAUAGAUAUAGUCAAUGAAGAGGCUGCAAAAUCUACUUCUGGGAGCACUGCGAGCAACUUUGUGGAAGACAUUCAACACAUUGAGGAAGCAAAGGAUCUAUCUAAAAGCAGAACUUGCAAUGACGGCAAGCCACAUGACACAGAAACAUCUCAGGAAACCCAGAGCAAUUGCACUUCCCUUCAGAACAAAUUACCUCCACCGAAAUGCACCAAUAUCGUGGCUAUAAGUCAAGACAAUGAGGGAAUGACUGAGUUCAAAAAACAUGAGGUGGAUCUGCUGAAAGAAAAGGCAUUACAAGCUCAUACACACUCUAUAAAAGAGGUGGAAGAGGCCAACAGUGAUAUGGCGCCUGCUAAAGAGAUCAUUUCAGCUUCUGAGAACAUGGAGUUUCCCUUAGAUGCUGCCAUCAAGAUUCUUUGUGGCAGUGAGUUAAAUUCAAACACACCCAAACCACAGGAAGAGAUAGCUCGGGUGUUGCAGCACACGUAUGGUCAAAUGGAGACAGAGAAAGCAGACACAUCAGAUAGAACACAUUACUGCAACCGACUGGAACAAGAAGACACACCCUCCAAGGAAGUGAAACUCAUCAAUAGAUUAAGAGAUUACUUGACAAAUUUUGAGUACAUAGUUAGGAAACCCGAGCCAAAAACAUCAGAUACAGUCUUUGAAACUGAGACGAAUUUGCCACAGAUUUGUGAAACUAUCCAGAAUAAUGUCAAUGACCAUAAGGAGAAACCAGUUCAUCUGGUUGUCCUUGACAGGGUGGAGUUGCGCAAUCUGAGACCUAAUGCAAUUCCUUUCCCAAUAAAGAUAUGCACUCCGAUUAUCAACACAGACAAUGACCUGAUUCAUAGUAAAGAACAGGAACACAAGGAGAAAACAAGAGGGAAUAAAACUAAUUAUUACAGAAUUCCUUGCAUUAGCCCUGAUAGUACUUCCAUGUUGGAAGUCCCUGAAAAGUCCACUCAAACUCCUAUGGAUAAGAAAACAACUGAAGCAGAAAUCUCCACAAGUGUGCCUGACAUUAACCAUGGGAUUACAAUUGCAGAAAAUUAUGCCUCAAGAGAACAGCAAAGACAGCCAAAUUACACUAUUGAUGCAAACAACAUGAUCAUGCUCAAAGCACUAGCAGAAAUAGAACCAGAGAAUUCAGAAUUUUGUAAAACAAAAGAAAACACCAACCAGAAGCCAACAAGCCACAUUGUAAGGGUGAACACUAAGACUUUUCAUAGAAACUUCAGUGUGGCUGAUAUCUCAAAUGCACUAAAGCAUGGAGACAAAGUAACUUCCUUGGCCGAACUUUGCCCGUUGCGAACUGAAUGCAAAAUCAUGAUGCAGUACUUCAUCUUAAACUUUGAGGAAAAACAGAAUGUUGAGGUCAAUAGAACUAUCGUCUCAAGAGAUCAGAUUUUAGAGCGAUAUCUGGACCGUCCUCCUGUACCAAUGGAACUGAAGUACGAAGCAUUGAAUUCUUUCCUGGAACUGCAGAUAAUGAUGGAGGCCUGGCAAUUUGUAGAUAACAAGAUGCGAUUUUUGAGUGGACAAUCUACAUUUAGGAGUCUGCUGUGGUACGAUCCCACUCUGUAUGGGGAACUCUUUAAAGGGAAGGUGGGAUUACAGCAGCAGUCCUCUUUAUAUUCAUCUUUCCAACAAAGUGUCAUCAACGAAGGACCAAUUGCAUUGCAGAGGUACCAUUUAGCUGUCUCUACAUUGAAUGAACAGCUGAAAAGGGCCCCAGAAAUGUCUUAUUACAUGUAUCUCAAAAGCAAAAGAGAGAGGCUGGAGAUUGAGGCUGCAUUACGAAAUCCCUCAGACAUAGAGAGUUUCUUCCUCUCUGUACCACUGUCUUGCAUGGUCAAUUUUGGCGACAGUGUGGAAGGUUUACAGAGGGUCCAGAGGCUUGUGACGACUUUCACAGAGACUCCUGCAGACAAAUUAGAAGACGGAUUCGAUGUUGGAAAGGCUGAGCACCUUGCCAUGGUGUUCCGAUUUCUUCAGGAGAAAAUCUACUAUUUGAAAGCUUGCAGCAACACGAUGGACAGCAAGACGUCUUGGUUUGGCAUGGAACACAUCCUGUAUGACGCUUCAAAGAUACUGGUGUGGAGGGACACGAAACAGACUGGGUCAGAUGAGCUGCAGGCAAAAUACAAGAAAGCAAAUCCACAAAUUGUCUAUGGGGUGACUGAAUCUGGUGUCUCACUGUUGCAUACAAGCGUGUCAAAGAGGACCCAGCUCAUGGUAAAGACUGGGACCACAGCACAGAGAUUCAGAGGUCGGAGUCGGGGGAGGCCGCCUAUGGAGAACACUCGCUGUGCUGAGAAGAAAUAUCCUCAACAUGGGUCUUUGCCGAUAAUAGACCUCACAAAUUCCCCUAACAGGGAUAACCCAGAUGUAUACCACUGGGCCACACCCCCAAGCAACCCUGCAGCCCAUUUCCAGGCUUGGACACACCAAGAAAACCUUGUCAAGAGCCAGGUAGUAAACUGGGGUGAAGGGUCACAUGAUACGCAAGCCAUGGAGAGGAAUAUCCCUGCAUCUUCCUUAUCCCGACCUGUGCCAACAUACCCUGAAAUCAGGGCCUGUCUAAGGACUAGUAAAAGUGGGACAGCGCCAAACUCACAGAUCCAGUUACCUGCCUCAAUGGGAGGGGUGGGAAGUAAAUCAGAUGGGAGGCAGCAGUGGGCCGUGAGCUGGGUUCCCUAUAACCCCCAGAACAUCACAGGAAGUGAUCUGAGGCCAAUGCAUCCUCUGUGGAUUGGUGUUGGGGACAAUGGUCAUCCCCCCAUUGGGGAGCCUGUCCUCUUAGAGCAAACUAAUCCGUCUUCCUGGUCUAGUCUGCCUUCUUCUCCUCCAUCUGUACCAGCAGGAAAUACAGCACAACAAUCUCUGCACUCCCUCCCAGCUCUCGCUACCACGACAAAUAAUUUCCCUCCCAUAUGUGAGCCCCUUCCUAUAAAUUACCCAUUUUUCCUCCUGAAUGGUCAGACCUAUUCCACUGCUAAUCCUGAAUUGUCCACAGCAACUCUUGAUAACAGAGGGAGAUUUCCUCCCUAUGUAGAGUAGUGCUGCUUCUUUAUCAACUUUUAUGGAACAGGUUUAUAAAGCAAAUAAGGACCUUUUGAAUAUAAGGAAGUGCUGGUGUUUCCGGGUUUAAAUACUGAACUGGAUCAGGAAACAAAUAUCAGUCAAAAAAGAAGGAACUCAAAGGGGAGUUGGAAACAAAAGGAUUUUAGUUAAUUUAUUUCAUGUUGAAUUCACUAUUUUAAGUUAAUUUAAUUAGUUUCAUGUUUGUUGUACUUUUUUGUUGUUGUGGUUGUAACUAUUCUUUUUGUAUAUAAUCUCAAACACGUCAAUUGCUGAUAAGCAAUAUCUGAUUGAAAGUGUCCUAUUUUCUGACCAAAAUGAAUUGUAUAAAGUGUUAACUUAUUCCUCAAAGUGGAUUAUAUUGCUAUUUUGUAAUAUCGAAUUGUAAAUAAUAUUAUUUAAGUGUUUUGUUGAAUUUUAAAGACUGCUUUUGGUUAUUAGCUUGUUUACUUUACUCAGGAUUUUUGUGCUCGUCAUGUUUUGGCUACUGCUUGAGGCUUUGUUUUGUAAUUAAGUGUCGCAUUGGCAAACUUAACCCUUAAUAACUAUUUCCCCAGCAGAUUUUUUUGUGUGUGUAGGUUUACUGACAAAUAAAAUAUAUUUGUACAAAUCCAUUAAA